AUGGAACACUGUGAAAAAGCAAAACAGGGAUUCUGUUCCAGAUCUUCCAUGGGAGAUUUAACAGAUGGCAACACAUCUACUACUGCAAUAAUAGAGACAAAAUGUACCGAUACCCACCAGCUACCAGAUGCAGAUAUGGGCACUCAAGUCAACAAAUCUCCAUCCAUAGAAAAGCAAGAUAUUUCAGACUCAUUUGUAGCUACUCUUACAGAGAUGGACUGCCCUGUCUGUUUCAGCAGCUAUGAUAUCCACAGGGUCCCAAAACAACUGUCCUGCAAGCACAGCUUCUGUGUUGUCUGUCUCAAACUCUUAGUGCAACAAGAGAAUGGUGUAUGGCUUAUUACAUGUCCUAUCUGCAGAGCCCCCACUGUUGUCUUUGGUGGUCUCAUAUGCACCUUGCAAAACAAAGAGUCACUGAUGAGCAGACUAAGUAGCCCAGACCACAUGGCUUCUUUAAGAAAACAUGAUAGCCCUUGCAGGCUGGUUACCAAUGGUGGAAGAAAUGUUGCUGAAGAGAAUAGUCAGAACAUACAGAUAGCUGCUAAGAGACUUAUUGCCCUUCUACUCACUUUGUUGAUUCUCUUGGUUAUAAUUCUGCAGUUUGUGUACACUGGGAUUAUAAAGUGGGUGCUGGGUUUUAUCCUUGGUGUUGUGGUCAUUGUAACUGUGCUGAUUUGCUUCAAUCCAAACUGCAGGAUUAAGCUACCAAAGACAUCUGCUAACCUUCAGAAAGACAAUUACAUCGUCUCUGCUGUCUAA